AUGGCAACUGCGGAUAGAUGGACGCACCUGUACAAGGUGCUGUCAAAAUCCGGGCCCUUCUCCGACCCGGACUGGGUUCCCGGAGAUGAGACAAUAAAGUCUUUGGAGGAAUCGAAGAUCCUGGUGAUCGGAGCUGGAGGCUUGGGCUGUGAGAUUCUGAAGAAUCUUGCUCUUUCGGGGUUCAAGGACAUUCAUGUUAUUGACAUGGACACGAUUGAUAUUUCCAACUUGAACCGGCAGUUCCUGUUCCGCCAGUCUGACAUUGGCAAGCCCAAAGCAGAGGUUGCCGCUGCGUUUGUCAAGAAACGAGUGAAAGGAGUGAAUAUCACACCUUAUGUUGGCAAGAUCCAAGAUAAGGAUGAAGAUUAUUACAUGCAGUUCAAGAUUGUUGUUUGCGGGCUUGAUAGCAUCGAAGCCCGGAGAUGGAUCAAUUCUACGUUGGUGGGCAUGGUUGAUAUGGACAACCCAGAAAGCUUGAAGCCGUUAAUUGAUGGCGGAACUGAAGGGCCAAGCGCGCGUUAUCCUUCCUAG